UAAAAGCGUUAAUUUUGCAAAAACAUUUGAAGAUUGCCGAAACACUGCGAUUUAAUCAUAUAAUUAAGCAAUGGAUUUGUCACCACUGUUCCUGGGAGAUACCGAAGCGCUCUCCACCACGCACGAGCAACACAGAUGUAGCCCUACAUAGAAAGCGCUUUCAUGUGGCACUGCCUUACGAGGAGCGCUUUGUCUCCCAGCCAACAGUAACCACCAACACGGGUGUAGCCACUACAACAACAACAAGCAACACAGGUCAACAAUUUACCUUGUCUCACCUGCUGGAGAGGCAAAAAGAAAUGUUUGAUGGCGUCAUGGCCGCCAUUGGAAGAGUUGAGUCAAAGGUGGACGGAAUAGCAAAUGCUCUGGCCGAAAAGAUGCCCGAACGCGCCGAAGUUCAAGCUCAAGGGCAGCUACUGCGAGAGUGCAAAGUGGUGACCUCGAAAGUUCACCAAAGUAUUUCCCGAAUCACUGGAGAUGCUAUUAGUAAAGAGCAUACUUUGCUUCAAAGUAUGCUUCCACUAUCAUCCCAGGAAAAGUUAAAUACUUUGGAGAAUCUUUUGGGAAACAAACCACACUCCGAUGCGAUGCUGAACAUAAUUCUAAAAUUGAAGGGUGCUAAGGGUUGUGUGAAACACGUGUUGAGAAGCAUUUUUGCCGACACUCUACUCAUUUCAUACAAUUAUGAGGGCAAAGCCAACAAAGCUCCACUUCUGGGGCUAAAAACAAUAGAAUUAGUUUUCGAUGCGUUUGUGAGUAUGCCCAAAAUUGACCUCAUUGCGGAAAUCAGAAAGCACGUGUUCCUAAGCCACAAUAGGUACAAACAAAUUGUAAUAAAAAAAAAUGAAACAUAAUAACAAAUCUAACAAUAAUUAAUUUAAUUAUCUUAUUAUUAAUCUCUAAAAAAAAGUAACAUAAAAAUUUAAUAACUUUCCAAUCUAAAUUUCAAAAACGUUAUUUAAAUACGGCUAUUCGGGAUUUUUUGUAUAUCGACUGCGGAGUGGAAGAUCGACCUCGGCAGCCAGUUCGAAAAUUACCUAUCUCAAAAAACUUUUCAAGAACGCCCUA